AUGAGUGCAAGUGAUGACGACGAAGAUGCUACGCUGGACUUCAGUGGACUCGACAUCAGUGAUGACAACGGAGGUCCAGUACAGUACCAGCAGACUGGAAAACGCAAGGACCGUUCGAGUGACGCCAACAGCAAGGAUGCCUACUCGCGUCCAGCUCAUCAUGGUGCUAGCCUCGAAGAAGCAAGUGCUCCUGAUCGCGCAUUUCGGCGCCAAGUGAAGAGUCGACCAGGCAUGCAUGCUGGACCUGAUCUGUCAGAAGAAGAAGAAAAGGACAACCAUGAUGAUGAAGAUAGCGUCUCGACUCCUCCAAUGUUUUGGCGAGCAAGUGUCAACGCAGUUGAAGUGAGCGAUCUGUCAGAGCCAACGACAUUUCAAGACGCGGUAAACGGACCCGACAAAGCUCACUGGCGUGAAGCAAUCAACGCAGAGCUCAAGUCGAUGCAACUUUGUGGAGUAUUUCGUGCGGCUGUAUUGCCAAAAGGACAACAAGCUAUUGGAACCAAGUGGGUGUUCAAGAUCAAGCAAAAAGCGGACGCUUCAAUCGAGAAGUACAAGGCACGACUUGUGGCCAAGGGCUUCAAGCAGAAGUACGGCAUCGACUACACGGAGACAUUCUCACCAGUGGUCAAGUAUGUGACGCUGCGCAUGGUGGUCGCGAUUACCAAGUACUUUGGCUGGCCUCUUGACCAACUUGACGUGGUCACAGCUUUUCUCUAUGGUGUGAUGAAAGAAACGGUGUACUGCGCGGUUCCAGAAGGCGUCGAAUUGGACGGAGACUUCAACUGCCUCGAGUUGGUGAAGGCAAUCUACGGUCUCAAGCAAGCUUCUCGUGUAUGGAACGAGACCUUCGACGAGUUUGUUUGCUCCAUCGACUUUCAAGUUUCGGCCUAUGAUCCGUGCCUUUACAUCAAGAUUGUGGAGCGGUCACUGCGUACUGUUGCUGGUCUACGUGGACGAUGUUGCUGGUGA